UUUCCAAGGCCGGCGCGGAGGCUCGGCGGGGCGGAGGAUGGCGGAGGCCUCUUCGGCAGCCGCGACGGCCGCCGUCUCCCAGCACCGCUUCUUCUGCCACAGCUGCAAGGGCGAGGUCAGCCCCAAGCUGCCGGAAUACACGUGUCCCCGAUGUGAAUCUGGCUUUAUUGAAGAAGUAACAGACGACUCCAGUUUUUUAGAAGGCAACAGCAGUGGCACCGAUGAAAGUCCUUCCACCCCAUUUGCAGAGUUCUGGGACCAGCUGGACCGCUCCAUGGUCUUUCCAUUCCUGAGCAGCUCUCUGGACCACAAUGGCAGAGACAACGAGAGGGGUCACCAGGCCCACGCGGACCUCUGGGGACCAAGCCGACCCCCCCGGCUGCCCAUGGCCCGGAGGUAUCGGCCCCGCCUCAGCACCCGGCCGGAUCGCUCCCCGGCCAUCGAAGGAAUAAUACAGCAGAUCUUCGCUGGCUUCUUUGCAAAUUCGGCAGUGCCCGGAUCACCUCCUCCAUCAUUCUCCUGGGGUGGCGUGCAAGGCAGGCUGCACUCUAGCUUUGGGGACUACGCGUGGGACCAGAGCGGCCUCGAUGCUGUCUUGACCCAGCUUAUGGGGCACUUGGAAAAUACAGGGCCUCCCCCAGCUGAGAAGGAGAAAAUUUCUUCCCUCCCAACAGUGACCGUCACUCAGGAACAAGUGGAUACGGGUUUGGAGUGUCCCGUGUGCAAAGAAGACUACACUGUGGCGGAGCAGGUCCGGCAACUCCCGUGCAAUCACUAUUUCCAUAGCAGCUGCAUUGUGCCAUGGCUGGAACUGCACGACACGUGUCCUGUGUGCCGGAAGAGUUUGAAUGGGGAGGACUCCGCUCAGCGAGCCCCGAACACGGACGCCUCCACCAGCAACUCCUUUAGCAGCCCAGGCCACCUGCAUGACCGAUGGACUUUCUGACGCCUUCCCAGGGCCGGCGGGAGAGAGAAGGGCAGCUGAAGCCUGUGGCACUCUUGACUACAGUUGUAAAUUGUACGAUAACUCAACUACACAAGCAAGUAGCAAGAAGAGAGGAAGCGGGCCCAAGCAGCAUUCACACACACCCCACCGAAGCCUGCCCCCCCUUUCUGAAAAACGGUCCCCGAGGAACCAUUUCUUGUCUGUAGGGGCCACUUGCAUUUCUUGAGCCUUCAGGUCUGUAGGGGCCACUUGCAGGGUGGGAGUGGCGUCCAUUAAAGCGUGUGGACCUCCUCCGAUAGCUGUACUAAUUGCUGGCUGUCUGUCCACGUAACACCUUUACCUGGAAGUGGACCGGGAAGACAAAGCUCGGAAGAAGCCCGGAGUCGGAAGGCCUGCAGGGACGUGGCUCUCUGCAGUGCCUUAGGCGUGGCAUGUAUGGAGGGGGCUGUUUGGUGGGGUUUCCUUUGCAUUUGAUGGGUUCAGAAGGGGGGGGAAGGAGAAAGAAAGCCCCCCCACACCUACUGUCCCCACUCCAGGUUUCUGUGGAAGCCAACAGGUGACGCUUGCCUGUGCGAGGCAGGUCCGGAUUCCUUUGCUUGAACUGAGUUAUCCACUUGCCUGCCACGCGAGGCCCAGCUUGCUCCGUGCGGUCAAACGGACUCAUUUGUCUUUCGCAGCAAAAGUGGCGUCGCCAUGUAUUCCUCUAUAUUGAAAACGCGAAUACCAGUGUUGAUGUAUCAGGAAGAACGGCUUGUCGUCUCAAUUUUUUUUUUUUCUUCUUCAGCUUCUGUAUACAGCCACCAUUCUUUUCUCCUCGGCUUUGAAAUCCUCUCGAUCGUGUCUGGACUUCCUUUAUACCCCGCCAGCCCUGGGGGAAAAAAACUCUCUCACCUUCAAGUGGAGAGGAAAGGCGGGGGGGGGGGCGCGGGCCGGUGAGUUAGCCAGAUCAAGAUGCAAAGUGAACAAAGAUGAAAAAAAAAACAAAAAACAACUCACCUCCUUCUCCCUUUCCCCACACACACACACACACACUACAAGGAAAGAAAGAGCCGUGGGCACAGUUGUAAAAAUGUGCCUGGGCGUUGAUGCUAAAUCUUGCUAUUGAAUAAAGUCUUUAAUAA